GGGGGAGUUGAGGCGGAUGAAGAAAGUGAGGAAACUUUUCCUAGAUAUUGAUAAGAGAUGGAGGAAAGUAGCAUUGAGAACGUGUUGGGAGAAUGGAAAAUGGGGAAGCAAGAAAUAGAAGAGAGUUAAAAGCUGGGAAUAUAGCAUUAUAAGAAAAAUUCUACAUCGGGGAUUGCUUGACAAUCUGAACUAUAUAUCAUGAAUAUGGCAAAGUUGCGUUAUUCUUCUGUCGCAUGAAUUUCAGAAUUUUGUGGUGCUAAAUUUUUUUUCUUUUCUCUUUUUGGCUUUUGAUUGGUUAGUGUAGAAUGGAGGAGUGGUCAUGUCUCUUUUACAUAGGUCUACACGAGUAUGCACCUUUUUACUGAACCUGAACAAAAUAGUGCUUCUUAAAAAUGCAUGAAGAUGUAAAGAUGAUUCUAGUUACAGCUUAAAAAAAAAGAAUAGAUACAUUCUAGUUAGUAUGCUUCAAGGCACUGGUAGCUUCUUUAAUACAUCCUUAUUCCUGGUGUCUAUUUUAGAUUUAUCCAAUAUUAAGCAACUUUGGGGCUUAGACCGGAUUGUCUUUGUUGGCUUUUCAAGAUCAUUUCCACCCUUUUCUUGUCUAUGCUUCUAGUUUUUUGGAGGUUACUCCAAAAAAUUUUAAUGCCUUGGGAGGGGGAGGGUGAAAGAGGCAUUUGAUAAGAACUAGUUUGGGAUCAGCAACCGAAAGGUUUUCGUUUAGUGAACUCUUGCCACCCUAUCUUAUUUGACCUACAUUCCAUUUAGAUUGGUUCAAUACUGAAAUCUUUCCUUAAUCGUCGUAACUACCAACUUCAAAAAGUCAAAUAACAUUUUGAGAUGUUAUUUAAAUGUAAAAUUGGAUCACUUAAUACUAACAUUAUGAUCCUCAUAUGAGUAUUCUAUAUUAUGGAACUUAGUAAUAACAUUCCAAAAAGGGGUGAAGUGGUAUAAAUUAAGAGUAAAAAAAGAGGUAUAAAUUAAUUAUUCAGGAAAAAAGACAGGCGUAUAAGCCCUCCGCCAAGCUAAGUAAAUCUGGUAUUUAAGUGGAGAAGGGUAAAGGGGGCCCAUUAUCCCCGAGUUUCGAAGGAUGCUGUUGGUACAAGGGUUGGUUCCCGACUGAUUAUCCGGUCAUAAAAAAAGAGGUAUAACAAAGCACGGCGUUGACGGUAGCAUAGGUGUACAGGGAGGAGGAAGUUGGAGAUUCUAAAAUCUUCUAACUUUACCAGUAUAUGAUAUCACAGACAUAUUAGGAUUCCUAGAUAUGAUUUUUCUCCUGUUCAUGGUGAAAAAUCAAUCAGGUCGAACAAAAUAUGAUGAAUAUGUUCUAGGAAAUAGGGAUAAUAGGAAAUUUUCUUGGGCUUGACUGUUAAACAAAAGUUCAAUCCAAUGCUUAUACUUGCGGGUAAAUAUUAGUUCUCUUUUUGUCAAUCCUCGUAUCACUUUGUAUCUUAAUUUUCUGAAUGAUUGAAAAAGGAAAUAUUUCACUGGAAAUACUGUCCUCUAGCUCAUAUACAGUGGUCUUAUUAGGAUACAAGAGCUACCAUUAUAUCUGGCAUAUUUUCACUUUUUUUUGGAGAUUGUCGGCAGCAACAGUGACCCACUGAGGUAAUAGAGCAAAUGAAAUGGUGCUAAGAGUGGCUUGUUUUGCUCAUCCGUACUGUUUGCUGAUUUGCACAUUGUGAUACAGGAUGUUUUCGUCAAUUCUUUUUCAAUUUUGCUUAUAAUUAAUUCUGACUUGGUAUUCGGUUUUCUUUUCAACAAAAGUAUUUUGCUUUGUUUUUAUCUUUUUUGUACGAUGCAGUUUCUUGUUGAAAACUGAUGUGUGAUUUAGGUUCUUGAAGCUGUGCAAGGAUGCUGGCGGGAUCCAGAACUGGGACUUUCUCCAUAUGAUGUGCACUCUCACUCAGGGUUUCUGAAGCAUCUAAUGCUUAGAACAGGCAGGAAUGUUGAAACUGGUCUUCCUGAGCUUAUGGUUAAUUUUGUGACUUCUUCUUACAAUCCUGAAUGCUUGAGGCCCAUUGUUGAGAAAAUUGCAGCUAUUCCUGAAGUGGUGAGCAUUGUUAACAAUGUGAACACUUCUAUCGGCAACACAUCCGUUGGGGAGAAGGAAUAUACAUUGUAUGGAAAAUCUACCAUUACAGAGAUUCUAAGAGGGCUUACUUUCCAAAUAUCAGCUAACUCUUUCUUUCAGACAAACACACACCAGGCAGAGAUUCUCUAUAAACUAAUUGAGGAUUGUGCCUUUCUUAAAGGAGAUGGCUCUGAAAUUGUUCUUGACUUAUUUUGUGGGACAGGAACCAUUGGCCUUACACUGGCCAAAAGGGUGAAGCAUGUUUAUGGUUUUGAAGUAGUUGCUCAAGCUGUCUCUGAUGCACGUCAGAAUGCCAAGUUAAAUUGCAUUGAUAAUGCAACUUUUAUCGAAGGAGAUCUGAAUAAAAUUGAUUUGAACUUCGCCAGCAACUUGCCUAAGCCGGAUAUUGUCAUCACAGAUCCUAAUCGCCCUGGUAUGCACAUCAAAUUGAUCAAAUUUUUGCUAAAGUUAAAGGCAACACGCAUUGUUUAUGUAUCGUGUAAUCCUGCUACCUGUGCUCGUGAUCUUAAUUACCUCUGUUAUGGUGUGCCAGAGCAGAAUAUAGAAGGACAUUACAGGCUGAGUAGCUUACAGCCAGUUGACAUGUUUCCCCACACACCUCAUAUUGAAUGUGUUUGCUUGCUUGAGCUUCAGUGAAUACACUGGUUGUAAAUAUCUAUGAAUUUCUUAUGUCCAUUGCGUUCUUGCUGCGUUCUGGGGCUGUCGGCAUAAACUCUUAUGGGAUUUAGAAGUUGAAGAAUACACACGCACUCGUGCAGCGCAAACUGUUGGUGCUAGUGGUGAAUAAAUUUCAUUCUACAAGUUUGCGAUCUCGUGUCAUUGCACAGAACGAGCAAGCAACAUCAAUCAACCACCUUCCUGAUUUGACUAUGUAUAAUUGUUAAACUUUGUAGUUCCUCUUUGCUUUGCUUUCAUUGAUGAAUUUACUUAGUUAUGAUUGAAUUCUUUUCUCUGUCCUUUGGUUGAUAAGUUUGAGAUCCUUUUCAGUCAACUAUUUGUAUGAGGAAUUUCAGUUGAAGUCCGUGUUUAAUCAAUUCCAGUUUAAUGGAAAGUAGGCUUGUUGUGGUGAUCA